AUGAGGCUCCUCCUCGUGGUGCUGCUCCUCUAUUUAUUUUCUUACAGCGAAUGCGCGAAGGUUGACGUCGAUACGCUGUUUUCUGAUGAGGAUGAAUACGAUGCGGAUGAAAAAGACGAGAUGGGCUCGGUGUUCACCAAGUUUAUGCCAGACUCGCAAACCCAAUUAGUGCUCGAUCUGGACAUCUUUCGGCACUUUUUCGACUAUUCGGAUGCUUAUCGAGAUGCAAUAGCUGAUGGUGACGUCGAGAUGCUCAGCUAUGCCAUUGAAAUGGUCGAAAAAUUGAGGGAAUACGACGUUUCCGCAGGAUGCCUAGCGGAUAUGUUUCACUUUGGUUGGACGGCUGUCGAGUACGCUACACACGUCAAGGCGCACAAGAACUGCACGGAUUGUAAAUGCACCCCGCUAUUUCAGCAGAAGAAAAACGAGCGUAGCUGGAUUUUUAAUGUUCUCGAUUCUAUGGGCAAAAUGCCGGCCGGGGUGUUGAACGGCAACAACCUGUGGGUCGGCUCCUACCCGACGUGCCGUAAGGUGCAAGUCGUUAAAAAUCAUCAAGGGCAAAAGUGGUCUGGGCAGUACUGUUUGGCCCACCUGAACGCGUACAACCGGGACAACCCGUUGAAAUGGGCAGUGGCAGUGGCUGAGGCGCCGGACGCUCAUUGCUAUGGCGGCAACGACAAGCCAAAGACGACUGAAGGGCCCGAGGCUUCAAAGUGCUUCGACUUGCUCUCGCUGCUCAAUUUCGGGCUUUGCGUCCCGUCAACGUGCACGGAGUAUGAUGUCAGGAAGAUGGUGAAAUUUGGCUACGGGAUGGCAGAAGCGGCCGUGGGCCGUGAUUUGGUGUGCGACGUCCACGUCGAGUGUCGUAGCGGGCAACGUGAACGCGAGCUCUACGACAGCCGGUUGUCUCAUUUUGCCAGAUAUCUGCUCGGCUUCAUCACGGUGAUGUUGGUCUUCGGGACGGCGUACGAUUACUUGGUGCUGGAGAAGGAGCUGCGGAAUUUGAGCGACAAGGAGAGGAAGGUGGCAAGGGAGAGAAUUCACCCAUUUCUAAAGGCUGUUAUCGCCUUUUCUGUCUAUACAAAUGGGAAACAAGUGUUGCGGACGGAUCACGGGAAUAAAAAGGAUCAGAUUGAUUGUUUGCAUGGUAUGAGGUUCCUUUCAAUGGCCUGGAUCAUCCUUGGUCACACCUAUUACUACAUUGGCACCAGCCUGACGAUGGAUAACCUGGUCCCAUCCCUCGUCAGCUUCCCUCAAAUGUUCUAUACCCAAAUCAUCGUCCAGGCCCCACUUGCCGUAGAUUCUUUCUUUUAUUUGAGUGGCCUCCUCUCCAGCUACAUGAUGUUCAAGAAGAUGUACAAGGACAAAAUGUUCGGCACGCUGAAGAGGCCGGCGUUGUGGAUUAUGAUCUACGUUCGACGCUAUUUACGAAUCACUCCUACCUACGUCUUCAUCAUGCUGCUCGACGUCACCGUGUUCUCCUACUUCACCGACGGCCCAUUCUGGCGUCCGAUCGAGAAGACUGGCUGCCAGAAGGCGUGGUGGACAAAUCUGAUCUACAUGAACAACUUCUUGUUACAGGAUGUGGAAUGCUGCAUGGGCUGGACUUGGUAUUUGGCCAACGACUUCCAGCUGCAGGUCUUCAGCCCGCUUCUUCUCAUCCCGCUGUCGAUAGCCCCGAAAAUCGGCUUCCUCGUAGCUGGCGCGAUGUUGGCCGGCUCCUCCAUCUGGCAGGUUAUCCUCCAGCUCAUCCAUGACUACCCUCCAGCCCCGCUUCUCACCGCCAAGCUCCAAAUUGUCGAAAAGCUUGAUUCCUACUGGAAAGACGUCUACGUGAGACCGUACUGCCGAUGUCAGCCGUUCAUCCUCGGAAUUCUGGUCGGCUGGCUGCUGAUCCAGUUGACGAAGGAUAAAGCGUCACUCCGCUAUAAGCUCUCAAAGAAGCAAUUGGCCCUCGGUUGGACGAUCUCGACGAUACUCGGCCUCUACAGUGUCUUUGGACUGUACAACUUCUCGCGUACCGGUGAUAUUUCAUUGUGGUACUCGGUGAUGUAUUCGGCGUUCGGGCGGCCAGCAUAUGCUGUAGCGAUCGCCUGGGCGUCAUUUGUAUGCGCCACGGGGAACGCACCGUAUGUGAACGGCUUCCUCGCAUGGAAGUUCUUCACGCCGCUGUCGCGGAUCACCUUCUGCGCCUACCUGAUUCACCCGAUUCUGCUACAAAUCUACAAUUUUAGCCGCCCUCAGCCCUUCCAUCUUACCACGUUUUUCCAGAUGAUGCGGCAUACCUUUGAAGCGAUCAUCGUCUCCUAUACGGCCGCCCUGGUCAUAUCGAUGGCUGUCGAGGUCCCAACCUCGAUUUUUGAAGCUAGAACUAUGGACCGGCUCAACAAGUUCAUGAAAAAGCCCCGAGAGCCGACUGAGCAUCAGCCGAUCGAACUCGUCGACAAGGCCCGGCUAGCCGAAGAACGAGCCGAGCAGGUCGAGGAGGUGCCGGAAAUCAGCGAUGUUUCCGAAGAGAAGAAUGAGACGGGUGGAAUU